AUGGCCGCCCCCAAACCCGUCCAGCUCCAGGUGUACCCGCCUCCAGCGUACACUGGCCAGGGGUCCUCCACCCCCGGCUACUACAGCGAUAUCUCCGACCCCUUCGCCGACCCUGCGCCCUCCCACCACCGCCCGCCGCUCUCUCGCGCGCACUCCUCCGCCCCACUUCCCGCCGCUGCCCGCUACCUCCCACUCGCCUCCGUCAUCUCCCGUAUCAGGGCAAAAAUCCACAUACUCUUCCACUCACCCUUCUUCUGGAUCGCCCUCAUCUGCAACGCCCCCUUCCUCUCACUCAUAAUCAUCGACACCGUCACCACCACCGCCUUCCCCUCCUCUGUGCUCUACCACGAGCUCCUACGCCCCAAAUUCAAAUACACAACAGUCGUCCUCUGCGUAUUCACCGCUGUUGCCAACGGUGGUCUCAUGGUCGUCAGCGUCGGCGUGGGCGCAAACAGCAAGAGACCCGUCCCAACGGCCGCCGUCCUCUGCACCAUCUUCGCUUUCUGCAUCAUCUUUGUAUCCUGCUGGGACUUGAUCUCCACGCGAAUGCACAGCGCUAACCCCGCGCAGUGGCCCACAUGCGCGGCACGGGGCUUCGGCGCCACCAUCACGGCAAGCAUCGAGGUAGACCACGGCGCCAGCAAUAUCACAAUCGUGUCUACGCACAAUAAGGACGACGUGCUCGGCCUACAGCUCACGCCGACGGUACAGGAGAGUCGCGACCUGGACUUCUUCCAUGCCAGUGCGGUGCCGUGGUUAUCGAGUGAGCGGGUGUGGAGCGCUGUCGAUGCCGCGGGCGGAGGCGUGAGCGUGGACGUGUCGCUCGAGAAACACCGGUACGGGGUGACCUAUGCGGGGAGCGUCACGAAUGGGCGCUUCGUCGAUAAUCGCAACUUUUUUCUGGUGUUUCCCGACCUGGGAAUUAAGACUUCUUCGACGCGGACGUGGAGCUCCAGCUCCCCCCCUGGCAUUGUCCGGAUCGGUGGUAGUAGUCGCGAUGAUGAGCGGCCGGUGGUGGACCUGAUUGAAGACGGGAAGCGGGUGGUGUUGGCGACGGUGCCUAGUGAGAUCGAGAGGAGCCAGAACAAGGAAAAAGGUAAGAAUACGGAGAUGGUGUGGCGGAUGUGUGGGAUGUGGAGCGUGGCGGAGAUGUUGGCGAAUAGGGAGGUGAUGGAGAAGGUUUUAGUGCCGCUUACGAGGCUGGGGGUUGAGAUGGAGUUGUGGGGGACGGAGAAUAUGAACUAG